GGGGCGGUGCGCGUUGACAGCAGCGGCGGCGGGACGCGGCGGGUGGCGGGGCUCGGCGCCUCCGGUUCCUGCCCCGGCUUCAGAGGCAGCGGCGGCGGCGGCCCGGGAUGGCCUUCAUGGAGAAGCCGCCGGCUGGCAAGGUGCUGCUGGACGACACGGUGCCGCUGACAGCGGCCGUCGAGGCGAGCCAGAGUCUGCAGUCGCACACGGAAUAUAUCAUCCGGGUGCAAAGAGGAAUUUCUGCAGAAAACAGCUGGCAGAUCGUCAGAAGGUACAGUGACUUCGAUCUGCUUAACAACAGCUUGCAAAUUACAGGCCUAAGUCUGCCUCUUCCUCCCAAGAAACUGAUUGGAAACAUGGACCGUGAAUUCAUAGCUGAGAGGCAGCGAGGCCUUCAGAACUACCUUAACGUUAUCAUGGCAAAUCAUGUCUUGUCCAACUGUGAGCUGCUCAAGAAGUUCCUAGACCCAAACAACUAUUCUGCAAACUAUACUGAGAUCGCCUUACAGCAGGUUUCCAUGUUCUUCCGAUCAGAACCAAAGUGGGAGGUGGUAGAACCACUGAAGGACAUAGGUUGGAGGAUAAGGAAGAAAUAUUUCUUGAUGAAAAUUAAAAACCAACCAAAGGAGCGGCUGGUGCUAAGCUGGGCUGAUCUUGGCCCAGACAAGUACUUGUCAGAUAAAGAUUUUCAGUGUCUAAUCAAACUUCUGCCUUCCUGUGUGCACCCUUACAUCUAUCGGGUCACCUUUGCCACGGCUAGCGAGUCCUCAGCAUUGCUGAUUAGAACCUUUAAUGAAAAGGGAACUUUGAAGGAUCUGAUCUACAAGGCAAAACCAAAAGACCCCUUCCUGAAGAAAUACUGCAACCCUAAGAAAACCCAGGGCCUGGAACUCCAGCAAAUAAAAACAUAUGGGCGGCAGAUAUUAGAGGUACUAAAGUUUCUUCAUGACAAGGGAUUCCCUUACGGCCAUCUCCAUGCAGCCAAUGUGAUGCUGGAUGGCAACACUUGCCGGCUGCUAGACCUCGAAAACUCACUGCUGGGUCUUCCUUCCUUCUACCGAUCCUACUUCACACAAUUCAGGAAAAUCAAUACAUUGGAGAGUGUAGAUGUGCACUGUUUUGGCCACUUACUCUAUGAAAUGACUUAUGGACGACCUCCCGACUCUGUGCCUGUGGACUCCUUUCCUCCUGCAUCAUCCUUGGCUGUGGUGGCCGUGUUGGAGUCUACGCUGUCUUGUGAAGCCUGUAAAAAUGGCAUGCCUACCGUCUCCCGGCUCUUACAGAUGCCAUUAUUCAGUGAUGUUUUACUAACAACUUCUGAAAAGCCACAGUUUAAGAUUCCCACAAAAUUAAAAGAGGCCCUGCGAAUUGCCAAGGAAUGUAUAGAGAAGAGACUCACCGAGGAACAGAAGCAGAUUCACCAGCAUCGGAGACUAACGAGAGCCCAGUCUCACCAUGGGUCUGAGGAAGAAAGGAAAAGGAGAAAGAUCUUAGCUCGAAAGAAGUCAAAACGAUCUGCUGUCGAAAACAGUGAGGAGCAGCCAGUGAAGCACAGUAACUCCAAUAACUCAGCAGGAUCUGGAGCCAGCUCACCUCUCACAUCCCCAUCAUCUCCAACUCCACCCUCCACAGCAGCUGGCCUAGAAAGGUGUGAAGAAAGUGACUUAUGCAUUACCUCCACCUCCUCCACCACCUCCACCUCCACCAGCAGGUCCCUCACCAACCUCAGGCACGGAGAUGCCUGCUCCGUUCCUGCCCCAGGCUGUGAAUGGUGUGAGCCGUGGGGCCCUGCUCAGUUCCAUCCAGAAUUUCCAAAAGGGAACUUUGCGGAAAGCCCAAACCUGUGACCACAGUGCUCCUAAGAUCGGCUGAUGCUUCUUGGUAACACUGAGCAGGCUCAACCCUCCGUCCCGUCCCACCCUUCCAAGUCCCUCUUCCUAGGUGAGCUCUUCCACAGCUUCCCUCAAGGCCUUCCCUGGGUGAAUCCUUGCAGAGCCAGACACACUCCAGUUAGGAGACUUUAAGAGGGAAGUGCUCUCCAAAUAGAAUACAGUGGGGCCAGCACUGCUGCCUUAAUAUUUUGCUCCUUGUGAUGCUAUUGGGCUUCCUUUAGGGGCAGCAUUGUAUGGGUAUCAUUUUCACCAGCGAAAGAAAAAUGACAGAAAAUCAAAAGCAAUGACAGUAUCCUGUCACAGCAGCAAUUGGCCUUUGUCACUCCGUCCUUCCCAGUGUUCUCAUAGCUCAUUCCUCUGCAGCAUCUUUUGGUUGGUUCUUAGGUAGCUCACCUCAGAUGCUAACGUUGUGACCUGUCAGUUACACUGCGGAGGGAGAGGCAGCGGCUCACCACUCUCCCUACCUACACACAGGAUGCGGGGGGAGGAGACGGGGCAGCCCCUCAGCUCAGUGGGGACUGAACUCUGUUCACCGUGUUGAGAACAGCACCUCGGGAUCUGUACAGCCACAAUGCGCCAGACAGGACAUUAACCACAGAUAAAGGGUGGUCUUAGUCCUCAGCCAUCAAAUCCAGUUUGGAGUAGAGGGAGGGCCAACAUUACAAGUGAAUUUGGCAUCUAUAGUAAUCACUUCUGAUUUGAUUUAUCCAACUUCAGCAUCUUUUGAUAUUACUGUUAUCAGAAAUCUUUUAUCCUAUGAUUUGCUUAAACCUUUUAAAUAAAUUGCACUUUAAAGGAUUAUAAAAAAUCCAUUUUAAAAUUCAAAUACACACAUCAGUGUUGGUUACUAUGCAGAAAGAAUGUUAUUGUGUAUAGUUUCAUGUAAUCUGUGAUAUAUGUUCAGCUGUAUUUUUUAUUAAAAUAAAUCAUGUCACAAAAA